AUUGCUGGUAACUCACACCAACCAGCUCACAGCCAAAGAGCUCCUCUGUCCCUGCCACGCUGAUCGGGCUUUAAACCACAACUUUCCCCCUGAAAAGAAAUUGAGAUUACCAGAGGAAUUCGUUGCUCAAGUUUAAAGGACACUGAUAAGCCUUGAGCCAAAAAAGAGGCUUGACAGAGAGGAAGAGCUUUGAUCCAACAACACCUUGACGGUGUCUCCAUCAAAGCUGACUGUCGAGUUCAAGUUCCUGCAAGUUUAUAACCUAUCUGAAGAUUCCAGAGGCAGCUAUGACUCAGAGCAACGGGGAGAACCCACAAAGGAACCGGAGCGGUCUCCAUCAGAUCCGGACCGUGAUCCAGUCCCGAUCCCUGCUGGCCAAGAAGAGAGUGGAGAGCAUCACGAAGGAGGAUGUGAAAGGAUUCUUCUUGAGAAAUGCCUUUGUGCUCUUUACCGUCAUUGCUGUAAUUCUUGGCAUCAUACUUGGAUUUGCCCUGCGACCUUAUAAGAUGUCUUAUCGGGAGGUGAAGUACUUCUCGUUCCCUGGAGAGCUGCUGAUGAGAAUGCUUCAGAUGCUCGUGCUGCCCCUGCUGGUUUCCAGCCUCAUCACAGGGAUGGCCGCUCUGGACGGCCGUGCUUCUGGAAAAAUGGGGUUGAGGGCGGUGGUCUACUACACCACCACUACUAUCAUUGCUGUGUUCAUCGGUAUCAUCUUGGUUCUCAUUAUUCACCCUGGAAAAGGAUCAAAGGAUGAAUUCAUCAAACAGCCACAGAUGGCGGAGAUCAACCCAACUGAUGCCUUCCUGGACCUCAUCCGAAACAUGUUUCCUCCGAACAUUGUGGAAGCUUGCACCAAACAGUUCAAGACGCAGUAUGCCAAGAGAGUAGUCUAUGUGACGAUUACAGUGAAUGACACCAUAUUCACAGUCAAUGGUAGCCAGGUGAUCACCCGGGAGGAGAUGAUCCCAGUGCCGGGGUCGGUUAAUGGCAUCAAUGCUCUCGGCCUGGUGGUAUUCUCCAUCUGCUUCGGUCUGAUCAUCGGGAGCAUGAAGGAACAGGGGCAGCCUCUCAAGGACUUCUUCGACUGUCUCAAUGAAGCCAUUAUGAGGCUGGUCGCUAUAAUCAUGUGGUAUGCCCCUAUCGGUAUCCUGUUCCUGAUUGCUGGUAAGAUCGUGGAGAUGGACGACAUCACAUCCAUGGGUGGCCAGCUGGGAAUGUACACAGUGACAGUCAUUUGUGGCCUGCUCAUCCACGCCGUAAUUGUCCUGCCAACGCUCUACUUGAUCGUCACCAAGAAGAACCCCUUCGUUUUCAUUGGUGGGAUUUUGCAGGCCCUCGUCACUGCCCUGGGAACAUCAUCAAGUUCUGCCACACUGCCCAUCACCUUUAAAUGCCUGGAGGAAAACAACAAGGUGGACAAGCGCGUGACCCGUUUCGUGCUCCCAGUUGGCGCCACCAUAAACAUGGAUGGCACAGCUUUAUAUGAAGCCCUGGCUGCCAUCUUUAUUGCUCAGGUCAAUGAUUAUGACCUUAACUUUGGACAGAUUCUCACCAUCAGUAUCACAGCCACAGCAGCCAGUAUUGGAGCAGCUGGAAUCCCUCAGGCAGGAUUGGUGACCAUGAUAAUAGUGCUAACGUCUGUAGGCCUGCCCACUGAUGACAUCUCACUCAUCAUUGCAGUUGAUUGGUUCCUGGACCGAUUCCGCACCAUCACCAAUGUCCUUGGAGACUCCAUCGGUGCAGGUAUAGUGGAGCACCUGUCUCGCCACGAGUUGCAGAAGAAGGACCCCGAGAUGGGCAACUCAGUGGUGGAGGAGGCCAACAAGAAGCCGUACCAGCUCAUCUGCCAGGAGAAUGAGUACGAUACAGAGAGGCCUGCUCACAGCGAGACAAAGAUGUAGAUGUUGGUCCGGGGUUGCCUACAUUCCUCGGAAAAACCAUUGCACUGCAUUGAACCGCGUUUUCAAACUAUGCUCUUCUUAAUAUGAAAACCUUCCUUUUACAAGAUUGGAGGUUUUUGAAAUAAAUUGAUCUACAGCUAGGAUAUUUUUCCGCCAAGAUGUGUGAGAUGUAGUGUGGUCUUUCCUGAAAGACUGUUGACUUGAAGUGGUUUGCUGUUGCGGUGUCUUUCUUAAGGUUUGUGGUAUGCUGCUGAGUACUAUAUUUGCCAUAGAAGGGCAGCUGUUUACUAUUAAGACUGAACUAUUUUAGAGCCUGAUGGUCCCUGCAUGCCAUAUCCAACCUCUCUCAGAACUGUGAUGACUAAACUCACUCACUAGAGGUCAGUAUUGCUGUGAGUCUUAACUCCGCAGCAGAUUACAGCCCAUACUUGCAAAGACCUGGCAUUAAAGUUGUUGCUUUUGUUUUGUUUGAGCGGUGUUUCAUGUGAAAAAAUGUAAGUGAAAUGGUUGUAGAAUUGUGUCUCGAAACUGAUAUGAAAAGUGUUGGAUAUCAUGUACAUACACUGGAGUGACUGGGCCAAGUUCGUCUGGGGAAAAAAGGCUGCUUAUUUGACCAACUUAUGUACAGACAUUUGUGGCUUUAUUUUCUAUGAUGUUGUGCAUCUUCAACUGACUGAGUGAGUGAUGUAAUUUACCCGUUGACAUACAUCCCUUUGUCCCGUAACUGUCCAAACCAGGAAGUGCUGUCAGAAUAUCUUGGUAACUAUCCAGCCUUUUUUUCCACAUAUUCCUCAAGCCAAUCAUUACAAUCAUGAGAUCUGAAGAACCAAAAUCACUCACCGUGUUUUUACACAUUUUCAAGCCAUUAUAUUUCAACCAAAAAAGCACCAAAAAUACUUUCCAAAAUUCUGUGUAGUUUAUUUAAAUCAUAUCUGCCCAUGCCUAAACAUAUUACUAACCUGCCCAAUAAUACAGUACUGCUUCAAUGGAAAGAGUUUAUUUCUGAUGAAUCCUUAAGAGUCUGAGUCAAUCCCUUAGGCCCUCUGACAUUGGCAUGAACUAAAAAAUAGUUGUUUGAAACAUUCAGAUGGCAGUAUGAAAUAUUUCUUUUAUACUAAAUUAGUAAAAAUGGUAGUCAGUUUUUUACCUUCAAUUGGUCUCAAUUCAGCUUUCUUUAGAUAAUACAAUCUACUGUUUAUUUCAUUUGAUUUAUUAUGAAUGUAUUUUUUAGCUAGCUUGUACUAUUCACUACACAUAACAAUGUAUAAGUGGCUUUGUAUAGAAUGUUCUUCUAAAUAUACUAUAUUUGUAUAGCUAAAUGUAGAUAAACGUGUACGUUAAUUGUAGAUUUAAAAUUGUAAAAGGUUACUUGAGGAUUGCAUCUGUUUGUUAGACCAUGUUCUAACCAACCUUAUGACCAAACUAACAAUCGUUUUCUCUUGAUAUGAUUGUUUCUCUCAUGAAUUCACAUGUGGCUGCACACACACACACACACACACACACACACACACACACACACACACACACACACACACACACAUACCACACACACACACACAUGACUAAACAAUAAUUGUUGUUUUAUCUUGCGUGGAUUUUUAUGAAUU